AUGUGGAAGCCACCGAUAAAUUUUCUCUCCCUGCAUUACGCGUGGAUUAUCACCCUCAGCAUUCUGAGCCUGGUUAUCAUCUACCCUUAUGGCAACCUCAAGGCUAUUGAUGCUUAUUUUUUCGGCGCUAGCGCCGCAACGGAAUCAGGUCUAAAUACGGUUGACGUGAAAGAGUUGAAGACCUACCAACAAGUUUACAUCUACCUCAUUCCGAUUCUGGGAAAUCUGGGCUUCAUCAACAUAGUUGUCGUUAUCUUUCGGGUUAGAUGGUUUGAAAAGCAUCUCCAAGCGAUCGCACCACACCUGUUGAAGCCGGAGACCCUUCCAGGCCAGGAUUCAGAGGCACAACUCAAACAUAUCCGGGAUCUGAACAACUCUGUUCACGAGGCUCCGACCGAUGGAUCUACAAACCAGGCGAUAGAGAAUGUGGCCGAGGCCAAAGGUCCUGCUUGGGCUGGAAAAUUGUCGCCGAGAGUUUCUCAGGAAUCGAGGCAUUCUACAGCUGAUGAUGCUCUGGGCCCAAGCCUAGCUGCGGGAAAGCAAUCUAUUCGAUUCGCAGAGCCCGAUCAGCCGGCUGCCGGCAACGACAACGCUCUGUAUAUCCCACCACCUUGGAAGCGGGAUAAAGGUGCCUCUUUUUCCGAAAUCAAUGACAGAAUUAACGAUGAAGAUGAAGGAAAAUCCGAGAAGAAUCUACGCUAUCGCCAAUCUACCCGAAGCCUGCAUUCACGUACUCACACUCUCGAACGGAUGGUCACCUCCGUAUUUGUUCCAGGAAAGUUUCCUAGCUACGAAGGAAAGGGCCACAUAGCGACACAGAACAACAUGAAGCAACUUGAUCUACCGAAAGUGUCGCCCCAGGCUACGAUCGGCCGGAACUCUCAGUUCCACAACCUUUCCGCUGAAGACCGGGAAAGAUUAGGGGGCAUUGAAUACCGGAGCUUGAAGCUUUUGCUAAAGAUCGUCACCGGAUAUUUCUGCGGUCUGCAUCUGUUCGGUGCGAUAUCUCUUGUGGGAUGGAUUCUACAUGCUGAUCAGAAAUAUCGUGACUAUCUUGCUGAAUGUGGCCAGGGUAGCGUUUGGUGGGGUUUUUACUCUUCUCAAACUAUGAUCGACAACCUUGGUUUUACCUUGACACCGGACUCGAUGAUCUCCUUCCAAGAUGCGACCUUUCCGAUGCUCCUUAUGAGUUUCCUUGCAUUUGCCGGUAAUACCUGCUACCCAUGCUUACUCCGAAUGAUCAUCUGGAUCAUGUAUAAGGUUUGCCCAGAGAAAUCAUCACUUAGAGAUCCACUUAGCUUUCUGCUCAAUCACCCUCGACGAUGCUACACCCUACUCUUUCCGAGCAAGCCAACGUGGAUACUCUUCGGGAUCCUGUUCAUUAUGAACUCGGUUGAUGUCCUUCUCAUCAUCGUGCUGGAUUUGAAUAACCCGGCUGUGAAUAAUCUAGCACCCGGCCCACGAGUCCUUGCUGCUAUUUUCCAAGCCGCAUCAGCGCGCCAUACGGGAACAGCGACUUUUAACUUGGCUGAUGUUAGCCCGGCCGUACAGUUUAGCUUAGUCGUCAUGAUGUAUAUUGCCAUUUUUCCGAUCGCAAUUAGCAUCAGAGCCUCCAAUGUCUAUGAGGAAAAGACACUGGGUAUAUAUGGCUCUGAGAGCAGUAUGGACGAAAGUGAUGGCCGAUCGUACAUCCUCAACCAUAUCCAGAACCAAUUGAGCUUCGACUUGUGGUACAUCUUCCUCGGAUGCUUUUGUAUCUGCAUUGCUGAAGCCGGCAAGAUUGCGGAUACAUCAAUUCCAGCCUUCUCCGUGUUCUCCGUGUUAUUCGAAGUCGUUUCAGCAUACGGCAACGUGGGACUCAGUCUCGGCUACCCGACCGUCUCAACAUCUCUUUCUGGGGAGUUCACAGUUUUCAGCAAGCUCGUUAUUUGUGUGAUUAUGCUCAGAGGUCGUCAUCGUGGAUUGCCUUAUAAGCUUGAUCGUGCUAUUCUUCUUCCAGGCGAGCGCUUAGAAGAUGAGAGGCAAAGGGAUGAGGUUCAAGCAUUUCGAAGCGAGCGUUAA